AUUCUGCCACAGCCACAGGGCCUAGCUGUCAGUAACUGCAGACACUGAAGGUGAUCGCAUGAACCAUGUGGAAGGACCCUUCUUCUCUCUGCUCCCAGGUGUCAGCCCAGAGCUGGGUGCCUGCUGGUAGUAGGGGUCACUAUAAGAAUUCAAGAGGCCGGAGGAGAGCAGGGACCCCCAGCCGGGCAUCAGCGGUUCCCUCUGUUGAUCUACCAUCAUUUUGCUAAGUUGGCAAUUUUCUGACAUUGCUUCUGUGGCUGCUGCCACUUCCAGUCACUAGUCCCCUCUUUCCAUGUGGCUUCUGCUGCUUCCUAGCUUCUGUUUUCUCACUCCAUUUCUCUGCCCCUGGCAGUCAACUCUCUCUGUACAUAUUACAGUCAAGUGAAGUCUUGGCUUUCAGUCAAGACCAUAGUCUGAUCCAUACAAGAGCUAUCCUGUGCCUAGGCAUCCUCAUUAACUCCGUUCAGUAGUGGCCAAGUUGGAGGGUCACCAGGUCAUUUUGUUCAGAAAAGUAUGGCCGGCACAGGAUGGCCACUCUGGAAGGUCUAGGGGCUGGCAGGGCUCUGGGAUGGCCCAGAAGGACCCAGCCCCCACUGGGAGGCAAUAAGACCCUGCCUCUGAGGCUGCCAUGGUCCUGGAGACCAGAACUCCAGCCUCGCUGGGGACUUCUGGGAGAAUGAUCCUCCAACGGGCCGAGGGCAGCUGAGUUCCUGGUCAGACUGAGAACACAGGGAGGAACACAACACACGGCCUGGUUCUCCAGGUGCUCAGAGUCUAGAGUCAGUGAUCAGAUCCAAACGUGCGAAACUCAACCAAACGUUAGCAGUAGAAUGUAGGCCCUUUGGGAGCUUGGAGCCUGGAGCAGGGCUGUCUGUGCUCAGCUAGGGGACAAAAGAGGAAGAAGAAAUUUGGAGGGACAUGGGCUGGCAGAGAGAAGACAUGUGAGGUACAGAGAAGCGGAAGGUGAGAAGAGUUACCUUCAGAAAGCAACUUGGAGCUGGAUCACAGGACUCGGGGAUUGUCUUUCCCAAGGGGCCAUGGAAACCAGAGGAUAAUGAGGAAGGAGUCAACCAUGGAGAUCCUAGUCUCAGGGUGUUAAGUCUGGUUUUGGGCCCUGGCUGCCUGGAGAAGAGAGGGGAGAUAACUGAUCCAGAGGCCAGACCAGAGGCCGUGCCUGUGAUGUGGCGACGAUGCUGAGAUGCCUUUUGCUUUAAAUGUGAGUCCAUAUUCCAUCAUCAUCGCCCCCUCCCAGGGGGUCUCUGGGCCCGUUUGUCAGUGCAAUGCUUCUGGCUUCCCCAGGGGCCUCCAUGUCCUGCGGCCGCUGGGUGUGAAGUCUAACACUGUGGAUGAUACCCACCGGGCUACCUUGGUACAAAUAGAUCCAGGCCCAUCACUCCACCCAUGCCCAGCUUCCCGGGGGAACCUCCCACCUCCUGCUCCUCCCGCCCCGAUGCAGGUCGAUGACCCCAUUUGGGAAAACAUCAGGCUUGCUCAUAUAAGGAGCCCGGGCCAGGCCAGCAUGCUCAGCAAUGGCGUUGAUUCAGUGGCCCUGCCUCACCUUGACCCUGCUCUCCGGCUUGGCAGUCUCUGGCUUCCCUAGAAACCCAUCCCGGCUGCUUGGGAAACGGAGCCUCCCGGAAGGGGCGGUCGAUGGCAUCAAAGUCUACAGCACCAAAGUCAACUGCAAGGUGACCUCCCGCUUCGCUCACAAUGUCGUCACCACCAGGGCCGUCAACCACGCAAACACUGCCAAGGAGGUGUCCUUCGACGUGGAGCUGCCCAAGACUGCCUUCAUCACCAACUUCACCUUGACCAUCGAUGGCGUUACCUACCCUGGAAACAUCAAGGAGAAGGAAGUUGCCAAGAAGCAGUAUGAGAAGGCUGUGUCCCAGGGCAAGACAGCCGGCCUGGUCAAGGCCUCUGGGAGGAAGCUGGAGAAAUUCACGGUCUCAGUCAAUGUGGCUGCAGGCAGCAAGGUCACUUUUGAGCUAACCUAUGAGGAGCUGCUCAAGAGGCAUAAGGGCAAGUACGAGAUGUACCUCAAGGUCCAGCCCAAGCAACUGGUCAAGCACUUUGAGGUAAUCGGCCACUCGCUCGCAGCGCCUGAGGGUCUGGGAACUUUGGGAUCAGAAUGCUCCCCCGUUUUCAUCACCAAUGACCUCUUGGGCAGCGCCCUCACCAAGUCCUUCUCAGGGAAAAAGGGCCAUGUGUCCUUCAAACCCAGCUUGGACCAACAGCGUUCCUGCCCAACCUGCACGGACUCCCUCCUCAAAGGAGAUUUCAUCAUCACCUAUGAUGUGAACAGAGAGUCUCCCGCCAAUGUGCAAAUCGUCAAUGGCUACUUUGUGCACUUCUUUGCACCUCAAGGCCUUCCGGUGGUGCCCAAGAGCGUGGUCUUCGUGAUUGACGUCAGCGGUUCCAUGCACGGUCGGAAAAUGGAGCAGACAAAGGAUGCCCUCCUCAAAAUUCUGGAGGAUGUCAAAGAGGAUGACUACUUGAAUUUUAUCCUGUUCAGUGGAGAUGUGACCACUUGGAAAGACAGUUUAGUUCAAGCCACUCCUGAGAACAUCCAGGAAGCCAGGAAAUUUGUGAUGGAUAUUCAUGAUCGAGGAAUGACCAACAUCAACGACGCGCUGCUGAGGGGCAUCAGUAUGCUGAACAGGGCCCGGGAGGAGCAUAGAGUCCCAGAGAGGAGCACCUCCAUCAUCAUCAUGCUGACCGACGGGGACGCCAAUGUGGGUGAAAGCAGACCUGAAAAAAUCCAAGAGAAUGUGCGGAAUGCCAUUGGUGGCAAGUUCCCCUUGUAUAACCUGGGCUUUGGCAACAAUCUGAAUUAUAACUUCCUGGAAAAUAUGGCCCUGGAGAACCAUGGGAUUGCCCGGCGCAUUUAUGAGGAUUCCGAUGCCAACUUGCAGUUGCAGGGCUUCUAUGAGGAGGUGGCCAACCCACUGCUGACAGGCGUGGAGGUAGAGUACCCUCAGAAUGCCAUCCUGGACCUCACCCAGAACAGUUACCAGCAUUUCUACGAUGGCUCUGAGAUUGUGGUAGCCGGGCGCCUGGCGGACGAGGACAUGAACAGCUUUAAGGCAGAUGUGAGAGGCCACGGGGCCAUCAACGACCUGACCUUCACUGAGGAGGUGGACAUGAAGGAGAUGGAGAAGGCCCUGCAGGAGCGGGAAUACAUUUUUGGGGACUACAUUGAACGGCUCUGGGCCUACCUCACCAUCGAGCAGCUGCUGGACAAACGCAAGAAUGCCCAGGGUGAGGAGAAGGAGAACCUCACAGCCCAGGCCUUGGAGCUGUCCCUCAAGUAUCACUUUGUGACUCCGCUGACCUCCAUGGUGGUGACCAAGCCUGAGGACAACGAGAACCAGACAGCCAUCGCCAACAAGCCCGGGGAAGGGCCUCUGGAUACAGAAGUGAUCCCCUCCAUGGCUUACCUGACCAGCUACCAGGUUCCCAAGACACCCUACUACUACGUGGAUGGGGACCCCCACUUCAUCAUCCAAGUUCCCGAGAAGGACGAUGCCAUCUGCUUCAAUAUUGAUGAAGCCCCAGGCACAGUGCUGCGCCUCAUUCAGGACCCUGUCACAGGCCUCACAGUUAACGGGCAGAUCAUUGGUGAGAAGACAGGCAGCUCAGACUCCCAGGCCAGAAGGACUUACUUUGGCAAACUGGGCAUUGCCAGUGCUCGGAUGGACUUACGGAUUGAGGUGACACCGGAGAAGAUUACCCUGUGGAAUGGGGAUGCACCGAGCACGUUCAGCUGGCUGGACAUGGUCAUGAUCACACAGGAUGGGCUAUCUGUAAUGAUCAACAGGAAGAAGAACAUGGUGGUCUCCUUUGGAGAUGGGGUUACUUUUGUGGUUGUCCUGCAUCAGGUGUGGAAGAAAGAGCCUGCCCACCAUGACUUCCUUGGCUUCUACGUGGUGGACAGUCGUGGGAUGUCAGCACAGACACAUGGGCUGCUGGGACAAUUCUUCCACCCCUUUGACUUUCAAGUGUCUGAUGUCCACCCAGGCUCUGACCCCACAAAGCCAGAUGCCACAAUGGUGGUGAAGAACCAUCAACUGACAGUCACCAGGGGCUCCCAGAAGGACUACAGGAAGGACAUCAACGUUGGCAGGAAUGUUGCCUGCUGGUUCGUCCACAACAAUGGGCAAGGGCUGAUCGACGGCAUUCACAGAGACUACAUUGUCCCCAACCUGUUCUGAGUUGACAUGCCAACUCCUGCUGAGAUGGCCGGCCCGGCCUGCCUGGCAUCUGGAACAGAGGCACAGAGUGGGGCCCGAUGAAAGGCUGUGACAAUAAAGGCCAAGGAGGAACUGGA